AUGAUAAGACUAUAUAGAGCCUCUAUUCAAAUCGGCAAUUGUCGUGGGCUUUAUAUGGCCCAGUCCGUGGUUGGUGCGAAAAGACUGAGAUUUUUCGCGUUCUCUACACUGGCAAAGCAGCUCAAAGACGAACCAUCCCAUCACAACGAUUCUCAUAGCCAUUCGCACGCACAAAAGGCUCUGGAUUCUCAGCCGAAUGCGCCUAUUGUUUCCUCCUCGUUUGAGAAGGUGAAGGCAUUUUUCAAUCCGCAUACCCCGUUGAAAGCCAUGGGUGGUCAAUCUCAAGGUCACAGCCAUACCCAUGGACACUCGCAUUCGCAUGCCAUGGACCCAGAAUCCCGCAAAUUGUACGAGACAAAAGAUUUUUGGUCAAAUCCAGGCGUCAAGAUAACGUGGGUGGGAUUUGGGGUUAAUGUGGCCAUGGCAGGCUCCAAAUUUCUGGGAGGCAUCUACUUCCAUUCUCAGGCAUUGAUCGCGGACUCGGUGCAUGCGCUUGGAGACCUGGUUUCGGAUGUUUUGACUCUGUCAACUGUGAACUUUAGUGGAAAGGGACCUAGUGAGCUCUUUCCCCUAGGUUUUGGUAAAAUUGAAACCAUGGGAGCGCUUUUCGUAUCUUCCAUCUUGCUGUAUGCCGGGAUACAGAUCGGUUGGGGUUCGUUAAUAGAAGCAAUGACGCCGUUGGUGCCACAAAAUGUGAUGGAAUGGGUUCAUUCGCUGCCUAUCCACUCUCAUUCUCACUCUCAUGGUCAUGAGGGCGAAGGUCAGGUCGCCAAUAUCAAUGCGGCUUGGUUAGCACUGGGAUCCAUUUUCAUCAAGGAGUGGCUAUUUAAGACUACCAAGAAAAUCGGCGAGAAAAUGAACUCCAACGUUCUCAUUGCGAAUGCAUGGCAUCAUCGAGUUGAUUCUAUGACGAGCAUCGUGGCACUAGUUACUAUAUCUGGAGGCUACUUCUUGAACGUUCAAUGGCUUGACCCGGUGGGUGGGCUGAUUGUUUCGAUGUUGAUCAUCAAAGUGGGCAUUUCUGGUGUAUUCCAGUCGUUUAAAGAGCUCGUUGACAAGGCUAUGUCAACAUCUGAUCCCACGUAUCUGGAAAUCAAGAACCGCGCAGAAACGCACCUGAUGAAGAAAGACCCGAAGCUGGUUGUUAAGAAGCUGGUCGUUCUUCCUUCUGGAACAAACAUGAACAUCAGUCUCACAGUGGCCUUGAACCCCGAAUUUCAAGGUCUUGAGAACGAGAUCACAUUGGCGGAUAUCUCAAACGUCAGCAAAGACCUGAAAACCAAUCUCCAUCAGGAUUACGUGAACCUGAAGGCUGCGUCUAUUGAGUUUGACUCCAGUGCGAAAUAG